AUGGGUUUACGCCACGUAGACAUUAAUGGGCAUGUCAAUGUGAUAUGCAGGUGCUCUACUGUGCAGGAAUGGAGUGCCUUUCUGUCUGAUCAACUCAUUUUCGACAAUAUUUUCAUUGCUCAGGAAAUGAUCCACGCCAUUAGUCAUAGAAAACUGGUAUCUAUUCAGUUCAAUAUCAAUGGUAACAUUUCUAAGGAAAUCUUUCCUUCUCAAGGACUAAGGCAAGGGGAUCCCUUGUCUCCCUAUUUAUUUCUUCUUUGUUCUGAAGGGCUUUCUGCUGCUCUUUGCAUUCAGCAAAGACUUGGAAAUUUUAAGGGUAUUUCAAUUGCCCGCUCUACUCCUGUCAUCUCUCAUUUACUCUUUGCGGAUGACACACUUUUGUUUUCUAAGGCUACUCAACUCUCCUAUAACGCUCUUAAGGCAGCUCUCCAACUCUAUAAUCAAGCCAUUGGCCAACAGGUCAAUUUUGGCAAAUCAUCCAUCCUUUUUUCCCCUAACACUCCUUCUCAUGUUUCUGAUUAUUUUUAUAAUAACAUAGGCCUUGCCAAUAAACCCUUUAUGUCCAAGUACCUUGGGGUUCCACAAUGCUUUGGUAGAUCUAAGAAAAGUAGUUUUAAUUUUAUUCUUAAUCGUGUCAGUUCUCACCUUAAUGUUUGGAACAAUAAAUUUUUCUCUAAAGCGGGUAAAGAAGUUGUCUUAAAGGCUGUCAUUCAGGCUAUCCCCUCCUAUGUUAUGUCCUGUUAUAAAAUUCCUGCCUCUAUUUGUCAAAAAAUUGAGAAGCUCAUGGCUCAAUUCUGGUGGGGUUCUUUUGGGAAAAAAUCUAAAACUCAUUGGAAAUCUUGGUCCUUACUUUGCAACUCUAAAUUCUUUGGGGGACUGGGUUUUCGUUCCUUGAUCCACCACAACCAAGCUUUGCUGGCCAAACAAGCUUGGAGAGUUUUCACCACGCCUGACUCUCUUGCUACUCGUGUUCUUAAAGCUAGAUACUUUAAAAACUCUUCUUUUUUGGACGCCACCAAAGGUUCCUAUAGGGGGAAUAAUAAAACUGACUGUCUUAUUUGGAAAGGAGAUCCUUCUGGGCUCCUUACUGUCAAGUCUGCUUACCAUUUUGUUAAUACUGUUUCUUUGCCCCCUUCAUCCUCUAACAUUGGAUUUUAUAAUAAUGCAGAGGAAUUAGUGCAAUGGACCAGCAGUUACUUGUUAGAGUACAAGACCUCACAGUCCAAGAGAAUUGAUGUUGCUUCAACUUGCCACUCGCAUGCCACGGCAAAGCAAAACCAAUCUAGUGAAGGAUCUUACCAAUUGUACACAGAUGCUGCCAUUAACAUAAGAAACAGUAAGAUUGGGCUUGGAGCAGUGGUUAAGGACUGGAAUGAAAAGGUAAUAGCUGGUUUUUCAUUGCCUAUACUAGCACAAGCUACGCCCAUUAUGGCAGAGGCUAUGGCUCUAGAAUCGGCUUUAAUUUGGUGCUACAACAUUAGAAUUCCACUUGCUAAUAUAUACACUGAUUCCAAGCAGCUAGCCAGCAAAAUUAAUAGCCCAAAGAAGGAGCUUUCCGCUCUUGCUGAUGUUAUUGAGGAUAUCAAAAGUUUCUUGUCUUAUAUCCCUAAUGUUUCUGUACACUUUCUUCCAAGAGAUUGUAACACUCAUGCACAUCAUAUGGCAAAGGAAGCUUUAGGGCUAGAUGAGGAAUUAGUUUGGAACGAUAUUCAUCCAAACUUAAGCAUUGUAACUUGA